AUGUUCAAUUAUAAUAGUUCAUUAAGAAUGAUACAAGUGAAUCAUUCGUUAUUUUUUCCUAUGAACAAUAAAGUUUUAACACAUUUUACAACUGAACCAGUUGAAAUUUAUUUACCGAGUAUUAUUACUUCAACUAUAUUACUUAUCAUUAUUUCUAUGAUUGGAACAAUCGGUAAUAGUCUUGUUGUAUGGGCAUUUACAAAACAAGUUAAACAAGAUAUUUGGACAGGGGAUACAACUGAUUGGAUAUGUCGUGCACAUUUAACAAUGAAAGGAUUUGUUGUACCUGUUUCAGCAUGUAUAUUAAUGUUGAUAGCAAUGGAAAGAUUUUUAUUAAUCUGUUUCAUUCCUGGUAUACAAAUGCAACGUACACAUAUUGUAUUAUCAUUAGUCAUUAUAUUUUGCAUUGGUUUAUUAUGUGCUAUACCAAUGGGAUUACAUGUUCGUGCAAUUGAUUUAUUUAAAGAACGUGAUGAAUUAUUAGAUUUAAAUACAUUGAAAUAUGGAUUAUCCACUAUGGAAAAUGAAGAAUGGCUUGAUCAAUUACGUGUUUCAAAACGAUGCGAUAAAGAUGACACAUACAUUAAUGACCAGUUAUACUGGUAUCAUCAAAUUUGUGUACUCCUGUUAUUUUUAGUAUUAUUUCUUGGAACAGCUGGUGUAUAUGCACUGAUCUUUCUAUUUGUCUGGAGGCAUGAAUCAUUUAUGUAUGAGAAAUAUGGUAAUCCAAAAAUGAAAGGCAAUUGGGUACGUAUACAUGCUACACCGAAUUCUUCAGGUGAUAUAAAUGAUUCCAAAUGGAAUUCAAUUAAAAAACGAAUAUCAUUUCGUAAAAAGUUAAAAGAAUCAAAUGAUUUACAAAAUGAACAAGAAGAUAAACAAAAUUCUAGUGUUUUUGAACAUGAAGAAAGACAACAAUUGGAACUUCAGGACCGUCAACAAUAUGGACAGAAUUGCUUUGAACAAUUGUCUAGUUUAUCAUUACCUCAGCCAUAUCUAAAACAACAAACUUUGGGAAUUCAUCAACCUCUAACAGAUAUGACAACAUCGACAAGUUUUGUCACAUCUAAUUUAGACAGAAUAAGUUGUGUGUGUUUAUGUGAAAGAGAUAAUAACAAUGGAUUGAUUAAUACUAGUCAGUGUUCAAUUCCUAAAGAUAAACUAUUCAAUGACAAUAAUACUGAUAAAGAUAAUGAAGAGUCACAUUGUUUAAAGCUACCUGGCAAUAAGAAAACCCAGUGUACUAUAGAAAUAAAUAAUCCUCAAUUAUCAAGAAUUGAAUUGUCAGCAGCUAAUCUAGAACGUAGACGUAAACCACAUGUACGUACAGCUCAAACAUUAGCAUUAGUUGCAGCAAAUUUCAUUAUAUCUUAUACACCAUAUCUUGUUUAUACAACAAUGCCAAUACAAAAAAGACAAGUAGUUCUUUUAAAAGAUAAACCACAUUGGACUAUUCAAGUAAGACGUAUACUAUUUUACAUGUAUUUCAUUAAUUCUGCAUUGAAUCCAAUCAUUUAUUCUUGUAUGAAUAGACAUUUUCGUGUUUGUAUAAUCAAGUUUUAUACAGACUUAAAGAUGAAAUUGAAAAGACAAAUAACAAGAUCAAUCAUAAAUGAUACUAAUCAUGAAUUAGUUUGUGUUGAAUUAUCACCUAAACCAACUGUUUCAAAUCAAUGAAAUUGUUUAAUAAACAAUAUAAAACAUAUCAUUUCUAUUUAAUUGAUUAUAGUUGAUCCAAGAUGAACUUUAUUUGAUGCAAUGGAUCCAAUUAGAUCAUUGAAUGAUUUCAAUGAAUCGAUUGGAUCAUUCAUUCAUAACUUUUAUUCUUAUUGUAUCUUAUUUAUGAAAUAUCAUCAUAUUCAUCUUAUUAUUAUUAUAAUUGACGUAAUAUUCUUUCAUAAAUGUAAGUACUUUUAAUUGUUAUAACUUGUGCUUUGUGCUCUGUUAAUGUAUAAUGUAGUGAUACCGCCAA